AUGGGGCGUGGGAGGGCAGAGACGUGUUUUGAGAUGGGGGACAACAGUGGGUUAGACUUUGUGAAUGAGAAAAAGAAAGAACACACAGAGAAGAAACGCAGUGAGAAGAGGCGAACAGUCGAGAAGUUUGGGAAGGUAGAGAAGUGUGAGAGACGUGUGGAGAGUCCAAGUUUUUUACCACUUGGGCCAAAUGAAAAGAACGAGAAAGAAGACACAAAACAAGAUGAGAAGGAAACUCUCAAAGACGGUGUGAGUGGUGGAGAGUCUAAAGAUGAAGUAAUGAAAGAGGAGAAGCAACAACUGACUAUGAAACAGAAAGUAGAAGAAACACUUUCAGCGUUUAAGGUGACAAAAGAGAAGAGUGAGCCAAUCGCAUUUCGACAGACGUCACGAUUCUUUAAGAAGAAAGGCACAAUUGCAAUCAAAGAGAACACGCCACCAAGUGUAGAUAUAGCUCACAAACAAAAUGGGUCAUGUGGAACACUUCUUGAAGAAUCUCUUGUUGAGGGGCGCUCAAGUUCGACGGAGGGAAAGAUCAAUGCAAAGCACUCCCGACUGAUGGGAUUGAAGCGUGAUAGGGUCCAGAGUGCGGUGAUUGACUUGUCGCGAUUACAACAAACCCUCAACGACAAUCCACUGAGUCGAUCGAAUGUGCACAGCUUCCCAUCACAGCAGACUUUUGUGAAUUGGACAAAAGAAGCUGUUCAGAAGUUGACAGUGAUAGAGAGUGCGGUGAGGGGGUGUCUAGUACGGCGGAAGUACAAAGUGAACAGUUUGUUAAUGCGCAAGAAUGUCAUCACGGAGAUAGCAGACACAGAGAAGAACUUCUCAAAGAAUAUGAUUCUGAUGGACGAGUUCUUCCGGAAGCCUCUCUUGUCUUUGGCCGAACAGAAAGUUGUUGCAGCGAGUGAUGUGAGUCUUGUCUUUAACAAGUCGUUUGAGCAAUGUCUUCGCAAUAGUAUUGAACUGUCAAAGCGAUUUCGAGAGAUGUGUGUCAACUUCAAGGCAACAACACUACUUGGUGAGAAGAUAGGGGAGUCAAUCUACUUGGCUAGCGCUUUACUUGUCUUCACAAUGGAUUACAACAUCUCACUGAAGACGUGGAAGGAGAUGAAGAAGGCGGGAUGCGUUCGUACGUUGGUUGAUAUGAAUUUGAAUGAAAAGGAAUUGGAGAACAGAACACUGGAACAACUCCUGAUUCAACCCGUCCAACGUUUAAUGCGAUAUCCGAUGCUGGUCGACGUGCUAAUUAAAGCGACCUACAAGAGAAAUCCUGACUAUGAGUGCCUCAAGAACGCUUACACACAAUUUGAGUUGUUUUCAAAUGUCGUCAACGAGCGGACUAAGAUGAGAGAUGGAUUGCAGGAAAUGUGUGAGGAGUGA